GUGUCAUGGCCUGUGUUGAGAAAUGAGCUGUCGAAUCGCGAACGUAAUCGUCAUAGGCGUUUCGCGUAUGUUUUAGUAAGAUUGUUAAUUUCUAAACAGCAAAACCAAGAUAUGGUAUCUCUAUCGUUGGCUGAGAACCGAGUGAAUUAUCGUGUUUAUUUACUGUAAAGUGCAUCGAUUGUCGUGAUCAAAAGUGCAGUGCUAAAGAUUUGAAACUGAAAUUUUGUGUUUCUCGUCCUUGUUUUAGUAGAACGUAACAGUGUACAUUGAAAAUGCAAGCAAUCAAGUGUGUCGUCGUGGGUGACGGUGCCGUCGGUAAAACAUGUCUACUCAUCAGCUACACAACAAACGCCUUCCCCGGCGAAUAUAUUCCAACAGUAUUCGACAACUACUCAGCCAACGUGAUGGUGGACGGGAAGCCGAUCAACCUGGGUCUGUGGGAUACGGCCGGUCAAGAAGACUACGAUCGGCUCCGGCCGCUGUCCUACCCACAGACUGACGUGUUCCUCAUAUGCUUCUCGCUCGUCAAUCCGGCCUCGUUCGAGAACGUUCGCGCUAAGUGGUACCCCGAAGUCCGGCACCACUGCCCGAAGACACCCAUCAUCCUGGUGGGCACGAAGCUCGACCUGCGCGAGGACAAAGACACCAUCGAGAAACUGAAGGACAAGAAGCUCGCACCCAUCACCUAUCCACAGGGCCUAAGUAUGGCGAAGGAGAUAAACGCGGAGAAGUAUCUGGAGUGUUCGGCGCUGACGCAGAAGGGUCUGAAGACGGUGUUCGACGAGGCCAUCCGCGCCGUGCUGUGCCCGCUCAAGCCGGUCAAAGUCAAAAAGACGUGUAGUCUGUUGUAAAUAACGCAGAAGAAGCCAGUGUAAGCAGCAUAGCUAUCAGCGCACUCCAAGAUCUAUGUCAAAUUAGACAAGUGAUGUUACAAUCUGGACUGCAAUUAAAUAGUUGUAUAGACUGCAAGUUAACUCUUAUCUGUUGCAUUGUAAGUGACUGGGGUAUAUGUAAACGCUUCUGUGUCUAUGGUCUUCUAUAGUCUGUGGUCAAUUUUUGUCUAUGGAUUGUCCUUUGCUACUCGGUAUGAAAUGUUCAAUAAUCUAAUAUUGUUUAGUGAUAGAAACUCUAUGCUGCCACUUUAAAUUGUCACAAAAUUAAACAGAGUAGCGACUAAAUGUACAGAAUGUAAUAUUUGUCAACAGUUAAUAUAUCAGGUGCUUUCAUUUGCGCGGUCUCGCAAUUAAAGAUACAUUCCUAAUGUUGCUUAUUACGUCACCACCCUUUUUUUUUACGAAUUUUUUUACUGCGUUGGUGAUUUGAUGUGGAAUUGUUAUCGUUUGUCUCGUGAGUCGUGGUAUGUCCACACCAAAAAAAAAAACAGUUUGUCACCUGUCAAAAAUUACAUAAGCAGAUAAUAUCCGAAAACUGUUUCGGUGUGAAGAUACCAUUAGACAGAGAUUAUAUUUUUCGAUUUAUUAUUGCUUAUUUUGUUCCCUAUUGUUGUAUUUCAAUAUAGAUGUCUGUAAGUACAUUAUUCAGUAUUCGCUAAGGAGUUAAUGUUAAACAGUUAAGUGUAUUUUAAUGGAAUAUUCAACAUACAUCCAAUAUUUUUUGUGUAACAGAUAUUGUAUAAAAUAACUUUCAUCGCUCGAGAAAAAGCACAAAUAAAUAAGCAGUUUCGUUUCUGUGUUGUCGGGUUAAAGUCAGUGUUACUAGCUCGAAAAAUUAGAAUUGUCAUCAUAAUAUAUUGACACAUUGCAUUAAUGUUGCCAGCGCAAAAAUAUUAUGAAUUAUUCUUUGUAUCACAUAAAAUGUCACUAUUAUAAUUUUUCACCAAUAUCGAGCUAAGACAUAAGCAUAUAAAAAAUUGGAUAUGUGGUUAGCAUGAUUUGAUGAAAUUCGCAAUUCAAGUGGAGUCUACUCGCGCAAUUAUACAGUGUUCGCAUAGCAGGCAUACAUAUCGAUAUCUAUGACUCGAGGGUUCAGGGCGUUUAGCCAAAAUGCAUGGGAUUGUCAUAAGCUGUGUAAUAUGUACUGGGUCAAUACCAUACAUUUUUUACUCAUUGAAUACAUGUUGGCUAACUGCUCCCCUUAAACUGUCUUUAUGACUUCACUGUAGUAAAUUCUAUGUAAUUGUAUUGAAAUUUAUAAUAGAAUGAUGUGGUGUUAUAAUAACAGUUAACACAGUAGGUUCAUCGUCCUUGGCUGUAUUAAUAAGAUUAACGUAUCAGCAAAGUUGCUGAUGCAGUCAAAUACUUAAUUGUAUCGCUACUGCCUACUUUUUAUCUUUGUAAAUGCAUUUGAAUGUCCUAAAUAACUGGGAAUCCCGCACAAUUUAUAUUUAGUAUACAAUGACUGAUGUAAAUCCAUUAUAGAGGAAUAACAGCGUUAAAUA